AUUGGCUAUGUACCAUGAAGUGGUUUGGCUUCGUUUGUUUAUUGUUAUCUAUUGUAUUUACGAAAGGACGCAUAAUAACAAAGAAUUACAUAGAUUCUGCAUUUUUUAAUAGUUGUAAUGGCUGAAAUGGAAAUCCAAAGUAAUAAAAUGACGAUAACAGAGGAAACGAUAACGCAGACCCGCAAGGAAUGUGGAAAAAGAGGACGUAAACCAGGAAGAAAGACGUCGACAGAAAAGUUGGAUAUCAAGGCCAAACUUGAACGUAGCAGGCAAAGUGCGAGAGAAUGUCGGGCCCGUAAGAAACUGCGGUAUCAGUACCUUGAGGAGCUGGUUGCGGAUCGGGAGAAGGCAGUAGUUGCAUUGCGGACCGAACUGGAGCGCGUCGUUAAUUCAAUGGAAUAGACAGUUAAAUGAAAAUAGCACUCCCAUCAACAAUGACCAGUUGCUUCAGGAAAUCGGAAUCAUCAAACAAGAAUAAAACAUUGUAUUUCUUUAUAUAAAAUAAUCACCAUGUAAUAAAUGUAA